GCUGGUAACAAUCCUUGUAGUGGAAGGGAUUGCCGUUGCACAGAAGACACAAGCUGCUCCACGACAAAGAAUUGAGUUGACCUUUGAUGAACCUUAUUACAUAGAACCCUCAUUUGAAUGUCGAUUUGAUCAUCUGGAGGUUCGAGAUGGACCUUUUGGUUUCUCCCCUCUCAUCAAUCGUUACUGUGGUUUGAAAAGUCCUGCGCUAAUUAGAUCAACAGGGAGAUUUAUGUGGAUCAAGUUUACAUCUGAUGAGGAGCUGGAAGGAAAGGGAUUUCAAGCAAAGUACUCGUUUAUACCAGAUCCUGACUUCACUUACCUAGGAGGCAUUUUAAAUCCCAUUCCAGACUGCCAAUUUGAGCUCUCAGGAGCUGAUGGAAUAGUACGUUCCAGUCAAGUAGAACAAGAAGGAAAAACAAAGCCAGGACAAGCAGUUGACUGUAUAUGGACAAUUAAGGCUACUCCAAAUGCUAAGAUCUACAUGCGGUUCCUCGACUAUCAGAUGGAGCAUUCAAAUGAGUGCAAGAGAAACUUUGUGGCUGUGUAUGACGGGAGCAGCUCCAUUGAAAACCUGAAGGCCAAGUUCUGCAGCACCGUGGCCAACGAUGUGAUGCUGCAGACGGGGACAGGGGUGGUGAGGAUGUGGGCAGACGAAGGCAGCAGACUGAGCAGGUUCAGGAUGCUGUUCACUUCAUUUGUGGACCCUCCCUGCUCAGGCAACACUUACUUCUGCCAUAGCAACAUGUGCAUCAAUAAUUCUUUAGUCUGCAAUGGCAUCCAGAACUGUGCAUACCCUUGGGACGAGAAUCACUGCAGAGAAAAGAAAAGAACUGGGUUGUUUGAACAAAUCACCAAAACUCAUGGGACAAUCAUUGGCAUCACAUCAGGGAUAGUUUUAGUUCUUCUCAUCAUUUCAAUUCUAGUGCAAGUAAAGCAACCUCGCAAAAAGGUCAUGGCUUGCAAGACUGCCUUCAAUAAAACCGGUUUCCAGGAAGUAUUUGAUCCUCCACAUUAUGAACUCUUUUCACUAAGGGACAAAGAAAUUUCUGCAGAUUUGGCAGAUUUAUCAGAAGAACUCGAGAACUAUCAGAAAAUGCGCCGCCCUUCAACAGCUUCCAGAUGCAUCCACGACCACCACUGUGGCUCCCAGGCCUCCAACCUCAAACAGAGCAGGACCAACCUGAGCUCCAUGGAACUGCCCUUCCGCAACGACUUUGCGCAGCCCCAGCCCAUGAAAACAUUUAACAGCACCUUCAAGAAAAGUACUUACACGUUCAAACAAGCUCAUGAGUGCCCUGAGCAGGGUAUAGAAGACAGGGUGAUGGAGGAGAUUCCAUGUGAAAUUUAUGUGAGAGGAAGGGAGGAUACGGCACAAGGUUCGUUGUCUAUUGACUUUUGACUUCCUGGUGAAGGUGGUAUCAGUGUAUAUACAAGAUGCUUGUGUACAAUGACAGUGUAUAUAUUAAAAGUGUACCAUAUGCAGCGUGUGAGAUGCACACACUUUUAGCUUAUUAUACUUCAUUUAAACCCCCCCCCAGUCUUCAUAACUAAUUCUUGCUGAAAAAUGAGGAGUUUCCUCCCAUCUUCCCAAGCUACCUAUCUAGUGGAAGAGUAAGACAGAGACUUUGCAUGGAAAUUAUAAGAAAGGAUAUUGGAAGAAAAAACCCUACAAGUACUAAUCACUGAACACUGAAAACAAUGGCUACUAUUUUCUUCUGGCUACCAUUUUUCUCUUCUUUAGACGUCUGCUUUUGAAGACAAUUUUAAUACCUCACUUGCAUAAAUAAAAGUCGUUAAGUGCA